UUCGAGAGGCCUAAUUUGGAUGCCCUAUCUGCAGCACAUCUUCAGUCAUGGCUGUUUCGGGAGCAAAAGCUGUUCUACUGUCAUUUGCGAGCCUUUUCCUUCUCACAUUUCACCUCUCUGCGGCACACAGGAUUCCUGACUACGCUGAAGAAGACGAGGAAAAGCAGUGUUCCAGAAGAGAGCACCCUAUGAUUUAUUUCGAAGAUCUGAAGCCUUGGGUUUCAAAUUUCACAUACUCUGGUGUACGGGACUUCUCUCAGCUUGCUCUAGAUGCCAAUAGGAAUCAACUCAUUGUUGGAGCCAGGAACUACCUCUUCAGACUUAGUCUAUACAACGUUUCUCUUAUUCAGAAAAAGAGAAAUAAAGCAGUUUCAAGCACACAGCUGUCAAAGUAAGUAUUUUGAAAUAUAGCUGCUAUCUAUCAGAAAUGAUGUUAAAGCUAGGCCUGAGAGAUCCGGUUUUUUUCUCCUUUAAUCAGAAAGCUAACAUUUUCUGCUAUUUAGCAUAUGAUAGUCAUUCAUCAUACUUGCUGUAUUUAUUUAUCCUCUCUGUCAUUGGGAGAGGGGGAGAAACUCAUACCUUUGAACAAAGAAGCAGUGUUAUUUGCCACAGAAUGUUCCUUUUUUCUUCUAGACAACAAUCAGGAUUGUGGUUGCUGUGGAAUUUCCAGCACUGCAGUUACAUUCUGUGAUGUGGGUGUUAAUUUUUUAUCCCCUGAAAAAGUCACUGAGAAACAUACUUGCUUCUUUUUUUUUUAACCAUAGGAUAUCUCUGACUUUCAGAAUAGCUCCCACCCAUAUUGAUGGGAAUAUAACGUACACCUC